AUGUUGGUGAACGCCGCUCAUAAGACCCCCCGCUCGGGAAGCCUCAAGCCUUCCCCCCAUGGGGGCCCUGAUUCUCAGAAUGCCCCCAAGCCCCCCCCCCCCCUCCACCCUGCGUCACCACUGAGGCCUCGAGCCCCCCCCCCCCAAUUAAAUAUGGGGGGGUACCAGCCACUGCACGAACGCCGACAAUUGAAAUGGCGGAGAGGUGGGUCGGCGGCUGGCGAAAGUGCCCGGUGGACGAGCGGGUCGGGUGUCCGGCGGCGGCGGCGGCAGCCGGAUGCCUGGCGCAAACGAACAUCUCCUAAUUUGUCAUGGCCAUAUGUCGCCAAGAAGAGAAGCGCAACCACUCGGGAGGGGCCGGUCGACACCACCACCGGUGCUCCCCUCAUAGAUGAAGUGACGGCAUGUCCGGAAACGUUCUAG